AACAGCUGUUUCGGAGUACCCAGUUGAGCUGGAACAGUGAAAUAAAGAGAAUGGGAGCCAGUGCUGGAAUAACUAUUCAACGGAACAGUAAAGAUUUUAUAGACAAUGGCCGGCAGUGAGAACUUUACAGCGCCAGGAGUGUCCCAGGAAGAACAAGCUCAUAACAAUCUGAUGAUGGUGGUGGCCACCUUGACUUGGCUGGUGCUCAGCUGCUUAACGCUCCUCAUUUACUGCUGCAAUUACUGGCAAAUCUUGAGGCCCCAUUCGGGAAGAAACCAAGAGCCAGCCGAGCGGCAGCAAAGCGUCCUGCUAUCCGUGGAUGAUUAGCCGGGAAAUGCAAGGAAACUCAUAUCAAAGGACAAAGGACAAAGGAUAGAAGGACAGCAGGACAACAGCUGUCGGCCAUCAUUCUUGGGCCUUGACACUGCCCAUAUGCCUCUGUGCAGCAGCUUUCAUUUCCAUUUUCCAUUUCCCAUUUCCGUUUCCGCUAAGUUAAUUCCACACGACAACAGGGAAACAAAAAAUGAAAACCCUACAAAAACGGCAAAAUUCCAUGUGUUGCUAUUUCCCUUUUCCAUUCG